UGCGGCGUGUAUUGACCAUAACAAUGGACUACUGUUGUUUACCUCUGGCGUAAACACGAUAAUUACACUAAGUACGGCACAUACACCUGGCGGGGAACGAGCACUUCACACAGUGUAUGUGGAACCGCUGCUCCCUCCGUAUUCGGCUUUCAGACUCCGUUUGGCGUUGUCAGUGUUUCCUCAAUCGAUAAAAUAAACCAGCUGCUGAAUCAUCGACGACUCUGGGACUGCUCCUCUACACCUAGCCCCGGGACCGCCACACCUUGUCCACGUCCGUCAUCUCCCCUCCGUUAUCAGGUCUGUGACUCAGGUGGGAAGUAAAGCAGUGAAACCCAAAUGGAACUUGUAGAGAAGGUCUAUGACCAGCUGAUGGGAACACUUCUGUUGUAUAAUUGGUGAUGAACUAUUGUUUCAUUUCGUGGGAAGGAUACCGUCGUACCCGUCAAACAUUUAACGCACUGUACGUGUAGUAUGAUGUUUCCUACCAUAUUGAGCUCGCGUACACCUCUUGGUGCGUCAAACUCGAGAGGGAGGCGCUUGUUAUUGAUUUUCCAGAGGAAAUGCUAAGAACCAAAAUCUCACUUGGUGGCCACCAUCUGUAAGAGAGUCACUCAGCAACCGUGUGGGAGCGCACACUGACGGACGUGUGGAUUCUUACUUCUAUCUUAAAAGGAUUUUUCACGAGGACGACACACAUGCGCGUGUGGAGUGACGUGGGACAUUCGGUUGUGUGUCCGUUGUAUCCGACAUGACACGUUAUAAUAAUCUCACGAUGUCUCCAACAAGGUUCUUGUAUUUUAUUUGUGUCAUGUUUUGUACAAGCGUUUUCCUGUACAUCGGAAUACCCAUGGAGGGUAUUUCAAGACACCGGCUUGUCAGCAACCUUCUGGUCAAUACGUCUUCAGGAACGAUAGUCCGUCCCUUUCAACUACGCUUUCCGAUUACUGAUGAAAGCCAAGAUAAAGUUCAAUUCAUGGCAGCUACAGAUACACAACAUGUCAAUCAAACAUUUUCUCAUGUUGCAACAGAAAGUUUCCCACAGAAGAAAACUAACGCAGUUUUUCUGAAAGUGCACAAAGCCGGAAGUACAACAAUCAUGAAUAUAUUCCUACGCUUCGGUAUUUCAAAUAAAUUAAAUAUAGUACUUCCCAGUAAAGAGGAUGGAUAUGGGUUUAAUUACCUUGGAUACGGAAAGACGGUCGAUAAAAAUACUAUAGUGCCUGUUCCGCACAAUGAAACGUACAAUAUAUUGUGUAAUCACGUGGUCUACAACCGCCAUGCGUUCCGUGACAUCAUGCCCGAAGACACAGAGUAUGUGGGGAUAGUCCGAGAGCCUGUUUCACACUUCCUGUCUGCCUCAGUUUACUACCGGUUUAUCCAAACGAUUCAAAAAUAUUCCAGUUUAUCAAACCAAUCAGCGCCAGCUGAAGUUAUACAUGAGUAUUUCAGGCACCAGGAUAAAUACCGGAAUAUACGGACAGUUUUCGUGAGGAAUAGAAUGUCAUAUGAUUUUGGUCUUCCUCCGUCUCGUUUUGACGACAACAUUUACGUAGAAAAUUUCAUAAAUGAUCUAGCUAGUGACUUUAAGUUAGUUAUGGUGAUGGAGUAUUUCCCUGAGUCCCUAGUGCUCCUGAAGCGAUACUUAGGUUGGGGGUUGAUUGACAUAGUUUACGUCCCUCUUAAUAUCAACAGAAGUAAACCUAGAAAACACGUCAGUCUAUUUCCGGCUGAUAUGAGCAAACUAAAACAAUGGAACAAUGCAGAUUUCCGGUUGUAUGAUUUUUUCAAAAGACGAUUUCUAGCUCAAAUACAGGCAGAGGGACCAUCUUUUCACGAAGAAGUUCAACAUUUUAAAACAGUUCAAAGUUAUGUGCAAAGUUUCUGUUAUGAUUCUCGACUAAGGAAGCCAUUGACAGUACGCGCUUCUAAAUGGAAUGAAGAAUUUCAUCUUUGGAUAGACCAUUGCAGAAUUAUGACAAUGUCCGAAAUCCCGUUACUUAAAAUGCUUAUACAGCAUGCUAAAUAUAAAUACAAUAAAUCAGGAGGUGACGUUGCAAACAAAUUAUCAUCGAGUGAAAAACCACGCAAAGUCGAUAGACCUUCAAAUAAAAAUACUAGAUACACAAAAUAUGGUAGGAGGCAAACGUAUGCUUCAAAGAGAAACACACCCUGGCCAAAGACAAAACAACAGUGGUAUAGUGGAAACAUAAAUAGACCGAGGUUAGAAACCAAACUACAAUGGAAAAAACCCAUUAAACUAGUAAACAGACAAAACAACAGUUGAACAGUGGAAAAAUAAACAGACCUAGGUUAGUAACCAAACUACAAUGGAAAUUACACCAAACGAGUAAACAGACAAAACAAAAAUGGAAAAAUACAAACACUGUGUUUAGAGACAAAAUAACCAUGGAAAAUACAUAAACAAAUAAAAAAAAAAUAACGCGAAAAGGCACGCACAUGGAGAAACACAGUGUUUACUUUUGCCCCGAAACUCGUUAUAGCAUCGCAAGGAAGUAAAUAAAAAUGAAAACACGAAGUAGAAUGACAAUAAAAAUUAAAAAUUUAAACGAAAAAUAAAAUGACAAAUCACCAACCAAACUGACCAAAUAUACACAAUAUUGUAAGCAAAAUAUACACAAAGAAGUGACUUACCAACAAAUAGUCACAAAGCAUACACACAAAAUAUUAAUGCAACAUUCUCACAAAUCUCACAAUUACCUGAAAUAAAGUCAGUACAAUACACAAAACUACCCAGUUGUGCCAUUGUGAUUCUCAUAACACAACGAAUGUUUCCAUUAAAGAAAUACAUAAAUUAUGUGAAAGGG